AUGAAGAAGGAGGAUAAUGCACAGGUGGUGCUUUUGGGUGAUGAUCAGUCAUUCAAACUCCGAAGAGCCAGCAGGAGAUCCCGCGAGGUGACUUCGCGCUUUCUCUCCCUAUCUUCACUCACUUCCAAUGAAACCGGAAUCCCAUCUCCCAAUAAUCAGUCUUUCUCCCCGACUCGACGCAAGCACAUUACCUCCAGUCCUACUUCUAGUACCAAUACCCGCCGGCAACGGAGCCUUGAUGAUUCGGCCGCACUCAUUCAUCAACUUUGGCCUUCGUCGGCUACUUCUUCCUCCACUAAGCCAACCAAGAACUUGGGUACUCUGGCUGAUCAUCUUGGAAAUGAGAGGCUCAAAGACCGCAAAAACGAUAAGAAAACGGCCAACGGCGACGGCCCUUUCCUUGAUAGUCGGUUUGAGAAUGAGAAGGAGAUCAGCGCUAAAGAAAAUCAAAGACCAAGUCUUGGACGGUCUAUGAGGUAUACCGGAAAAUUAGCGUUUCCAGGAAAAUCUUCUUCUUCUUCUUCUUCGUUAUUGAAUUCGUCAGCUAAAACGUCUUCCGGUUUUCUUCCUGGAAGAUUAUCCGUAGAUGAAAAUGAGAUAUUCCGGAAAACAUAUGGAAAAUCCGGUUCUUUUCCCAACACUUCAGAGUUGAACUCGGAGUUUAGCGAUGUGGGCUCGGGCGCGGAUCUUGGUUCUCCGGCAAUCGGAAAAAUUUUGGUGAGAUCACGGAAGUCGGAAGCAGAAGUUUCUUUCAAGUAUACGAGAGAUGCAUCUGCAAUGCAGGUCUCAGACUCAAAUAUUUCCCACCCGACAUCAUGUGAUAAUUUUCCUAGGACGAACAAGUUUACCAUAAAAAAUGUCAUAAAGAGGGUGAAUUCGCUUACAGACGCCAAGUCACAGUGGGCAUUGUCGCCGGGGAGAUCAAGCUCACCGCUGAUGUCAGUAGAAAGUAAGGCGAAACCGAUGUCAUUUUCGAGUUUGAAGCCUCCGAAUAGCCCCUCAAGGGCAACGGGCAUGGAGAAAUUACUUAACAUAGGAUUGGAUUUGCUUAAGCGUAAGAAAUCUUCUACAUCUAGCUCGAUGUCCAUGGUGCCGGGUAGUUUAGAGAGCGUUCAUCAACUGCGUCUGCUUCAUAAUCGGUUGUUGCAGUGGCGGUAUGCCAAUGCCAGAGCUGAGGCUGUGAAAGUGAGCAUAGCUAUUCAGGCUGAGAGAAAUUUGUUGUGUGGCUGGGAUGGUCUCACAAAGCUGCGACACUCUGUGGUACAGAAGAAGUUACAGCUUGAAAAGGAAAAACUUGGCAUGAAGCUGAACUAUAUACUUCAUUCCCAAAUUAAGCUAUUGGAAGCCUGGGGAGGCAUGGAAAGGCAGCAUCUAUCGGCAGUGUCCAAGACCAAGGAGUGUUUGCAUACUGUUGUCUGCAAAGUCCCCCUAACUGAUGGUGCAAAGGUGGACAUUCAAUUAGCAACAAACACACUUGGAGAUGCAUUGAAUCUCACAACUUCCAUUAAGUCGAUUUUUACAAGUCUUGGACCCUCGGCCGAGAACACUGUUACACUGAUAUCCGAAUUAGCAGAGGUUGUUGCCCAAGAAAAGUUGCUCCUAGAGGAAGCCCUUGAACUUUUCAGAACCAUAUCUAUCCUCGAGCUUCAGGAGAGAAGUCUGAAGUGUAGCAUUAUUCAGUUCGAAUUAUGGAAGCAGCAAAGCCAGCAACACCAAAAACAACAGGAGAUCCCUUGUAUAGGAGUUUAG